AUGAUUCUUCGCGCAAUAACAUCAUGGGUCAGCAUGAUAUUAUCUCGCAAAACUAUAACUGUCAUAACUCUAGGGAUUUUGGCGUAUCUGUACUGGCUACACGGCCAUCACCAAGAAUAUAUCGCAUCAAAUGGAAAUGACAGUGACAAAAGUAAAGCCUACGCGCGUGAAAACGCCCUUUUCGCAGACUUUAUGGAAACCUGGUGCCGAGUAAAACGAAUGCGAAUGGACUGGAUACAAGUGUUACGGCCAUGCGCAGACCACAUGGCGUGGGGAGAAGGGAACUGGGGACAACAAAACAAGACAGACGCAGCGAAAAGCUAUUUGACACUGUGGGAUAUCAGACCGGCCGGGCAGUUUAGUCGGUUCGAUAUCCAGUCUGUCACGCGAGACAACAUAGACAAAAAGAUUGGAGGAGACUCGUGGCGGGUCCAUAUACGAGGUCCAUCCUCCAUGUCUCCGACAGUAAUUGAUCAUAACAAUGGGAAAUACGAGGUCAGUUUUCUUGUGUUGGAACCAGGAAAAUACGACGUUGAAGUCGUGUUAGAGUACUCGCUAUGUGAUGGUUACAAAGACCCACCUAAGGACUGGUUUAUAGAAGGUCAGUGAUUGUGAAUAGGUUAUGAAUAUUAGGAGAUGCCUUCCCAAUUUACAAGGGAAACGCCCUGGAAAGGACAUUAAGCAAUGAAGUAGUUACACUUGAACAGGACUAUUUGACCAAAAUGUUAAAAAAGGUUAAGUUGUUUUCCGAGGCUGGCCACACUAGCGCUCUACUAUAGGUGUGGUUUUUAAGAUAACUGUCAGCUUAAAACAACUGCCAGUAGAUCAAGGGAAGCUACAAAAUGAAAGGAAUGGGUACCGCUUAAAUAAGACAAUUCCAUUGACUGAGGGUCUGCUUUCUAGAUAGGUCUGUUUACAUUAGAAACGAUUUUCCUUUGAUCACCUCUCAAUGUUUACUACCAAAACACAAACGUAACGUAUAAAGUUUGGAACCAGACAAACGACGCAGUGCCUACUCGGUGAAGUUCGACAGCACUUUUUGCAAGGUAUCCUUUGUUGUCGCACUAUGAACUGCUGAAAAUCCCAUGAAAAUGUCAUUAAAAACUCAGGAAAGCAUUUUUCAGAGCCCUGAAUACAGAUAUUUCAUUUUCAUGGCCUAUUUUUCAGGUCAUGAAUUUUCUAUGAAAAGUUGAUAAUGGGUUUCAUGGCUCAUGAAAUUGCCAUGAAAUAUCUGGCACUAUAAGAUUUUCCAUGAAAAUACCAUUAAAAUCCUUUGAAAAUCCCGUGAAUUUAACAUGAAUUAAUUCACAGGAUUUUCAUGGGUUUUUAGUUCAUAGUGUCGAGAAUUAAAGAAAAUUAAUAGUAGGUUUCAUUUACAGCAUGCUCAUGUGAAUGUCACAGGUGUUCAGUGAAAAGGUUGUUGUUGAUUUCAACAGGGAAUGCACAUGGUAGAUAUCAGCCUCCAAACGCUCUCCCCCAUCAGGAAAGACCUUUCCUUUUGAGCCCUCUCUGGAAUGGAGCACUUUUUACGGUCGUCAUCCCACAAUCAGCCGAGCUAGUGUUCUACAGUAAGUGCAUUGAUUAGCUGGCGUUAAGUGCAAAAGAACUGAAAUGUACCGCGGUAUCUGGCGCUCUAAGUUAAGUUAUUCAAGCAAACACCGGUAAUUUCUUUUCUCUGAGUUUCCUCCUCCCCAAAACCUAAAUUUCCAAAUUCCAAUUCGACUAGGGACUCGGAAUGGUGGAAGAAGCUAACACUAAAUCGUUCUAGUAUUUACCAAAUACGUUGGUAGCGAUAUUCACGGGAUUUGAUUGGCACUUGUAACCCAACGUAUUAUUUCAUGGCCAUUCGUUGUUUUGGCACGGGAGUGUAUAUGGCAUCGCACAUUUCGCAACAGUUUCUGAGCACGAAAUUUUAACGACAAAUGAAGCAGCUGUAUAACAAAUACCAAUUGCUCAUGCGUGAUGGUACCCCAGAUAAUUGUUUGUUUCAAAUGUUGUCCUGUACACAUGCAUCCUCAUGCAUGUGUAUGAAUAAUUUGUGAAAGGUUUAACCUAAGAACUGUUCGUUUUUAAUCUCCCUCACUAGAAGUGUUAAAGAAGUAUGGUAAUUUAGACGUGCCUUGCGGAAUCAAAUGUCCGUAUCUGUGGGAUGGCAACGGACGAUGGGUAAAUGAAUCAUGGAUACCUUUCCUCACGGGUCAGUGGCUAACAUUUAAAGAGUUAAUUAACGAUAUGAAUUACAAUCACUGAUAAAGAGAAAGAGUAGAAAUCACAACCGUAAUAAGUCAGGUAUUUUCUGCGCCGUAUCAGGGUAAUCAGCUCCUAACCGGAUUGAAAGUUCAAUUAAGGUUGCUUGUUAACGGGGAGAGAAUUAGAAGCCCUUUAAGGCGCAAACUGAUGUUAAUUGAUCAUCAUGUCAUGAAUAUUAAAACCAGACACAGACGUCCAGCUAAAAGCCAAAAGGACAUGGCCAGGCCGGAUAUGCAUUCACAGGACCAGCAGAGAAACUGAAGUUUUUCUUUUUUCAAAAAUAAAACCAAUCAUCUGCCUUGUCUCGGUAAAGUUCGCACACAAUCUGCGGAGUAGAAACAUGAUCUCAAGCGACAUCGUAAAUGACGAUCCCGAAAUACUCCCCCAAUCUCAUGAUACACUCUUCCCAUCAAUAUCGUUGGUUUUACAGGCGACCAGUUUAGGGAAAACAGCAUAAUGUUACACUGUUAGUAAGAAGAAGGAAAGGAGAGAGAGUUUCUCAAUUGCCUAUUUAGCAUUAGACUGCAUGCAAUAGUCAAAGAAACUCCCUCUAGAUGCAACAAAAUACGAGGAUAUAUGAUAACGAUGAUGACGAUAAUGAUGGUGAUUUAUUAUUAUUAUUAUUAUUAUUAUCAUCAUCAUCAUCAUCGUCAUCAUCAUUAAUAUUAUUAAAGCCUGGUUUACAUGGCGCGAGUAGAAUGCUCAGACGCAAUACACUCCUGAUCAUUAGUAUUUCUGUUUGGAAGAAGUUUCAACAAGUUACUCUGUCUGCGUAUGUUUGGGCUUAUACUUGAGUGACACGUCUAUACCUAAAAUAACGAUUAUACGUAUUUGAUAUCUCACGAAUUAUUAUAAACAUCUUCUACCUUCAGAUGAGUCAAAAUCCAAUCAAAUAGCCACAGCAGGAAAGUUAAACACACUUUGGAUUUACGGAGACUCUGUCGGAGAUUUCUUCUACAAGUCCAUUACCAAGCAACCUCUGUGUAAACAAAUAUUUCAAACAUGUAACAACACCUACAACUGGGUUUACACAAUAAAGGAGAGAAACUUAACCAGAGCGAGGCUGGAAAACGAUGAUAAAGAAUUUAGCAUCAGAAGAGUCAUCACCGAAAUAUUUCACGCAAUUUCCCAACCGUCCAUGAAGGACAAAAACAGUGCUCUCAUAUUAAAUAUGGGUCUGCACUACGUGCACACCAUAAACUUCACCACAUACGUGAGGCUUAUUGACAACACAAUCCGAUUGUUAACGGAAAAGUUUAAUACGGAUAAGAUAGCCUGGCGGUUUAGAGGCAAGCUUAUUUGGAAAACAACGACUGCUAUAAAUAAAGAAAAAUAUGGAGAUCCUCGCACCAACGCAAGGCAUUCUACCAGCAUUAGAUUUUUAACCUAUCAGGUGAGGCUGCGACAACGUGAUUAACAAAUAUUGAGUUGUUGUAAACUAUAAAUAUAAUCAAGCCUCCCCAGUAAAGGCAAUAAAGGAUCAGAAGCAAGGGGGGGUAAUUCCAUAAAGUUCGGCUAGGUGUGUGCCGCCAGGGUCUUCAUGGAAACACACAAACUUUCAUAAUACUCGCUUUCACAAUACUAACUGAUGAUUUGCUUCUCGGGUAACUGGGUAUUUACGCAUUUGAAUUUUAGCUGAUACAAUUUGAGUACCCCUUCCAAGGAUCAAACUGGGAACACAAUGCCCAAAGGGACAAAAAUGAUACCCCGUUGAAGGAUCGAGAUCCUCAAAAACCAUACCCUACUAUCUACCUACCCCUAGGAGAUAUUCAUGCGACUUUUCCUAAGAGGGGUGGGGGGGAAGAAAAGAGGUGGAUAAAAAAAUACGUUUUAUAAGGUUUAUAGGAAAAUCACUCAAAUUAUCCAUUUGCAAAUUACAUAUUUUGUUCCUUUUAUUAAUUUUGUCACUGAUAUUCCGCUACAGAGAUCUUCGGUUGAUAUUUUGGAUCAAUUUACGUUUCUGGGAAACUUCCCACCUACCCCUCUCCUAAGCCAUCAUUUUGCCCUAAGUGAGAAGUGAGUGUUAAAGUUAGCUUAGGGGAGGGGUAGGUGGGAAGUUUGCCAGAAACUUGAUAUUUUUGCUGACGAUACAACAAUAACAGCUAGUGCGCACUUUUCAGUAUUUAAUAACUGACCCAUCAUUUAAAUAGUGAUCUUGAUGCUGCUAAGUAAAUGGGCGACUAAUAAUAUGACGUUCAUAAACAAGAACAAGACCAAAUCUCUGCUUGUUAGAGGGAAGCGUAUUGCUAGGAAUUAACCUAGGUCAAGACACUAGCCCAAAGCCUGAAGAUAAUGCUCCAUAAAGUUGAAAUCUCCUAGGUCCCUACACAAAAACUUGUAGGUGUAACUCUUCAUAGGAACAUGGCUUAUGAUUCGCACGUUGACGAUCUAUGCAAAAAAUUAUCAAAACGCCUCUUUAAGCAUGUAAGUCCCUAUCUACGAAGAAAACGAAGAGAAACUUAUUAUAACGGAGUUAACAAACCGACCCUCAUGUACGGGAGCACGGAUUGAGACAGCUGUUGUGCGGAAAAUCUGCAAAGGGUUCUCAAGCUUCAGAAGAGGGCGGACGAAGAAUUAUUUUAGACGCAGACAGAAAAACACCAUCGAUCACUCUUUUCAAUAACCUUAAUUGCCUGCCUUUUACUAAGCAGUCGUUAAUGAAAACACUCACUUUAGUUUAUAAUCGCUUAGAUAUGACAAUUUUUAUAUCCUGAUUUACAUAGAUAAUUUAUUAAUUAAGAAUUCGGUCUCCCAUCAAAGAGAGACUCGUUAUUCCGAUUUAAACUUGUUUUGUGCUAAGUACGCAAGGAAAACCGAGGGAGGGGGGGGGGGCGAAUCUUCACGGUUAGGACAAUUGCAGAGUGGAACACUUUUGAUCCAUGAAGCAUCAGAAAGAAACUAUCAAUUACCAGUUUAAGCGCGCUUUGUACAAUAAAUGUUUAACUGAUCAGAAAGCUUCUCCGCUCCUUAAGAUAUGAGGCUUCUUUAUACAUGUAUUAAGAUUUUAUUUCAAGCAGUUUUUGCCAUUUUAAAUGUUAUAUUUUAAGCUUUUUGUAUUUUUAACUGUCGAUGUUUUAAGUGUUUGAUAUAAUCAGUGCUAGAAUUCUUACAAUACUGUCUUACUUUUUAGAUCCUUUUUAUAGUGUAAUGAGGGCCAAGAAUUUAUCAGUGUUUUAUUAACUACUCUCAAGUGUCACUCUCCAUAAAUAAAGCCUUUACUUACUUACUUACUUGCUCACUUGCUUACUUACUUACGUACUUACUUACUGACUGACUGACUGACUGACUGACUUACUUACUUACUUCAUAAUUACUUGUUUACUUACUUAUUACUUACUUACUUAUUCAAAAACCAUUGAAUAUAGUUUGCUACUAUAGCUUACACAAGACCUAGGGGAAGGGAAAUGUUGAUAAUAAUCAACUGAUGCUGUUUUUCACCUUCCCUUGCAGCGUGUGCUCUUGUUUAACGCCUAUGCCACGCACGCCAUGUGCAAAGCAAGGAUCGACGUGCUAGACGUAUUUCCCAUCAGCGACGCAUAUCCGGGAGGGACUGGGCUUCCUAAAAAGCCGUACGACGCAGUGCAUUUCAAGGCUCAUGUGUUUCAGCCAGUGGUGGAUUUGCUUCAAAGAUAUUUCAGAAACUAUUAG